GUCAUGGCAGCCGGUUGUUUAGGAGGGCAAAGGGCCGGUCCCAUAUCGGGUACAGUGCUCGGUAACCGCUGGGCUUGGCUUAUUGCGCUGCCUCUCCUUUUAGCGGCGGCGGCUGCUCAGGGCUCUGUGUGCAGGCUCAAGACAGGAGAUGGAAGAGAGUCAGAAAGCUGCGGAACCAACCUUGAACUCGAGCAUUCCUUUGAACUCGAUGAUAGCAUCGAUUUUAAGAAAAGAGGAUCUUUGUUCUGGAGUGGGACAGCAGAGCAGAGCAUAUCCAUUCUGCAGAAGCAACUCACAGAAGAUGAGAGAAACAAAUUACGGGAUAUAGCCAACCUGAAUGGGCUUUAUCGAAUCAGGAUCCCAAGAAAACUGGGUAUUACAGAAGAGGUCAAUGAAUAUGUUACAUCUUUUGUCCGAGCAUGUUCCAUGGUUGAGUCCCAUCUUUCUGACGAAAUCACCGUUCACACAGAUAUUUCAGGAAAUGUCAUUGGCAUUUCCAUUGUGACUUUCCCUGGGUCCUGCAAUGGUGCAGAGGUGGAGGAUGUGGACUUGGAAAUGUUUAACACCACUGUCCAUAUUCAGCAGCCAAUAGCUGCAGCAGUACCUGAAACAGCAGCAUUUAUUGAACGUCUGGAAAUGGAACAAGCCCAAAAAGCAAAGAAUCCCCAAGAGCAGAAGUCAUUCUUUGCCAAAUAUUGGAUGUACAUUAUUCCCGUCGUGUUGUUCUUAAUGAUGUCUGGAGCGUCUGACGCUGGCAACCAAGGAGGCAAUGGUGGAGGAGGCGGUGGAGGAGGGGGAGGAAGGUGAUCUGCUUGGAUGGAUUCCUGAUGUUCCCUCUGAGAAUACACUGGCAAGCUUUAUCACAGCUGAUUAUUACCAGUGCACUGCAUAACCCUGUUCCAUGCAGCCCAGCAUUCCAUUUCCAGCAUCAGCAAGAAGGAUUCAUUUGAAAUGGAUACUUAGAGCUAAAAUGCAAUUUUCUUUAUAUGAAAGUGCUCCUAUAUAUAUAUAUAUAUAUAUAUAUAUAUAUAUAUAUAUAUAUAUAUGUAUGUGUGUGUAUAUAUAUAUAUAUAUAUAUAUGUAUAUAUAUAUAUAUAUAUAUAUAUAUAUAUAUAUAUAUAUACACAUGUAUGUAUGUGUGUGUAUAUAUACACAUACAUACAUACAUACAUACAUACAUACAUACAUACAUACAUACAUACAUACUGUAUACUUGCUCUUUGCCACAUAGUAAGUGUACACUCAUUCUGAUGUCUUUUGUCUCGUCAGAGAAUAUAUAUUUGUGAAUGAAAUGAGAUACAUUUUCAUAUAAGCAACACUUGGAUUUUAGUUUUAAUGACGCUUUAAUUUAUUAAAAACUUUGGAAUUAUUUUUUGUGCAUGGAUCAGUGUGUCUUGUUGGAAUGCUCAGAUAAUCUAAGUGUUGAGUGUGACAGACCGACAAUGAAACAAACACGGGAAGAAUUAUUGCUAUUGUCUGAGCAAAAUGCAUCUAAGAAUUCA